AUCUGCAAUUUGCUCCACUUUUCCAUAGGAAAUGGAAAACCCGGAUCCCUUCUGAUAACUUUCAGGCAUUCUGCUACUCAGUGGAAUUUCUAAGCCCAAGUUAGAUGCCAGGACCCAUUUGGGGGAGAGGAAGGGAGUAUUACCUAAGAAUAGGAUCCUCAAAAACCAGUAGACUGAGUAGGAAUUGCAGAAGCUAGCUAUUAAAAAUACUGAUGGGUAAGGUAUGGUUUAAGGCCUGUUCUUCAAGAGAGCUUAUGUACCUCCUUUAGUUUAAAUUAAGUGCAUCUCUGUGCUCACUGUUCACAAAAAUGAACCUUCUCAAGCUAGAUACUUGAGCCAGGUCAGUUGUUUGUUUUGCAACUUAAAACCAGGAGGAGGUGGUGCUCUUAGCCCUUUAUCGAGUAGGCUAAAACUAGGGCACUCUCCAGGGGCACGGGGCAUUUUAAGUUGAGGUCCUUCUGCCUGAUUUGAAGCAUUAAUUUGAACUGGUGUCUCAUCUCGAGUAGUGCUGGAACUGCUGAGUUAUAUGUUUUGUAGUGUGUCUUUGUCUGUUGUUGCGAAGCAGAGCCAGUUUGUAUAGUUUAUAUAACUGAAGCAGACUUAACCCUAAUUGCAUCCAACAGGACAGUGAAAUAAGCCCACCCUGGAAUAUACUAUAGGCCAGCAGUUAGGGCAGUUUCCUGGGCUGUGGAAAACCUGGAUUAAAAUUCCUGCUCUGAAUCAAGCAGAAGGCAGACCUGACCAUGGGGUCAGCCAAGUUGUCUAGCCAGUGAAAUAGUUGAAGCAAAUUGGGGUUCUACCCUUACCUUGUGCUUUGCUACCACCAACAGAUCUUGGGCAAAGCAGGUGAGAUAAGUGAGGGAAUGUGCUAUCAGCCCCUAUGGGACUUUGGUGCAUCAUGGACAUGAACUGCUGUCCUGUCAUCAAGACUUCGAAUAGUUCUGUGCAAGUGCAGUAUAUAGAGAUUUGAAUCUUAAUUUUAAAAUUCCAACUGGUAGUGAUGAGUACUGAAGGUCUUGGGAAUCUAAUUCCUGCUUCUUCCCACAUUGCUUUUAGCACUUUCUAUAUCAAGAAUAAACCUACAGUUUCAUACAUAGUUCUUCUACACUGGGUGCUCUCAAACUAAAUAAAUAAAUAAAACAGAUUUGUUUUUCCUAAAGCAGCACUUGUAUAGUAGUUUCCUGGGAAAAAUAGUGGUGUGUGCUCAGAUCAAAAGUAUAUACAAUACUUACUGAUGAGUUUUGUCUCUCUCUACCCUUUUAAGAGUUUGCUCUCCAAAGCUCAAGGAAUGGGCUCUAGCUCAGUUAAGCUCCGUGUUGGAUCUCUCUUCAUGAAUGUUGGGAAAUCAGAAAAACAUGAUCCUGAUAUCAGACGGACGCCUCAUGUGAACAUUAAUCCUUUCACUCCUGACUCUCUGUUCCUUCACACUUCAGAAGGACAAAGUCGCAGAAGAAAAAGAACAUACUGGAAUGACUCUUGUGGGGAGGACAUGGAAGCAAGUGAUUGUGAACUUGAGGAUGAAACUAUCAGGCCUGCUAAGAGAAUCACAAUUACAGAAAGUAAUAUGAAGUCACGGUAUGCAACAGAAUUUCAUGAGUUGGAGAAGAUUGGGUCUGGAGAAUUUGGUUCUGUGUUUAAAUGUGUAAAAAGGCUGGAUGGCUGUAUCUACGCUAUAAAACGGUCCAAGAAGCCGUUGGCUGGCUCAGUUGAUGAGCAAAAUGCUUUAAGAGAGGUUUAUGCACAUGCAGUUUUGGGACAGCAUUCUCAUGUAGUGAGAUACUACUCUGCAUGGGCAGAAGAUGAUCACAUGCUUAUACAGAAUGAGUAUUGUAAUGGUGGCAGUUUAGCUGAUGCUAUAAGUGAAAACUAUAGAAAUAUGCGCUACUUUACUGAACCAGAGCUGAAAGAUCUUCUACUUCAGGUAGCUCGUGGCUUAAAAUAUAUUCAUUCAAUGUCUCUAGUACACAUGGAUAUAAAGCCUAGUAAUAUUUUUAUAUCUAGGACAUCAGUUCCAAGUACGACAUCAGAAGAAGGUGAUGACGACGACUGCUCGUCUGACAGAAUUAUUUUUAAAAUAGGUGACCUUGGUCAUGUAACUAGAAUAUCUAGUCCACAGGUGGAGGAAGGUGAUAGUCGUUUUCUUGCAAAUGAAGUCUUACAAGAGAACUACGCUCACUUGCCAAAAGCUGAUAUUUUUGCUCUUGCUCUAACUGUUGUGUGUGCUGCUGGUGCUGAACCACUUCCAACAAACGGAGACCGGUGGCAUGAAAUUCGACAGGGAAAACUGCCGAAAAUACCACAAGUUCUUCCUCAAGAAUUCUUGGAAUUGCUGAAAGUUAUGAUUAGUCCAGAUCCAGAAAAAAGACCUUCGGCAGUGGCUCUAGUCAAACAUUCUGUUCUGCUGUCUGCUGCCAAAAAGAGUGCAGAGCAGCUGCGGAUAGAACUGAAUGCUGAGAAGUUUAAAAAUUCGCUCUUGCAAAAAGAACUGAAGAAGGCACAAAUGGCAAAAGCUGCAGCAGAAGAGAGAGCAUUAUUCACUGAUCGAAUGAAAACUAGAUCUACGUCCCAGAACAGAACAUCUCGACUCAUUGGGAAAAAAAUGAAUCGCUCAGUUAGUCUUACUAUAUACUGAACUAAUCAAUUUCUAAAGAACUGUUGAAGAAAGGCCACAAAAUCUUCCUGGACUGAGUUUUUUUCAGGAGUUGAAGGAAGGGUUCAAGUUCUGGCUUCUUGUCCAGUCCUCAAUCAGUGUCUUAUUUUACAGAAAUAGCUUCUAGAUUUUUUUUAAUUGCAAAAUACAGCUGAUGACUGUAUUAAAAUAUUGAGGUAGUGGACUCUAUCUGGUCUAUUUGAGGACCUUAGUGUUAAUCCAUAGGCUAUUCAGUUACACUGUUAGAUGUUACACCGUCCCAGGGUUAACCACUAUGGUGGUCUGCUGCUUUUUAGUGUUACAGCAUUGUAAUAAAAGGUAUUUUUCUAACAACCUGUAAAAAUAAAAAUGCAGGGUGGGGUGCUUCAUUGUAAAGUAGAGUGUCUCUGGCACAGAGGGAAGUUUGGAGGAAACUGGCUUAAGGCCACCCACACUCAAUAUACCUGAAGUCAGGUAAACUUUUAUUGUGAAUUUUACUUGUAUAUUCAACUGGGAGCACUUUGUAGGCAUUGCAAAAACCAUGGGACCCCAAGCCUGUGGAGAAGUAUGUGCCAUGUGAAACUGCUGCUAUUAGUUUUUGUCUUUGCUGUAAACAUGUAGCAUUAAAACAAUCAUUGUUGUGUUAAUAGGCUUUCUGUUGAAACAAUUAUGUGGGGGGUGGGAGAAAACCCUAAGCUGCAUUUAGUGAAAGCAGCAUUUUCCUUUUGAAGCUAGUGCCCUGUGAACUACAUCAGUGCACCAAUUUUCAAGUCAGAUUCUUUGUAUUAGUGUAGUGCAAUCGUUUAAUGUCUCACCUUGAAUGUUUUUUGUAACUUUUUUUUUCUAAAGUUGGGGUUUAUCCUCCUCUUCCUCCCUCCGUUCAGUUUCAUGUUUUUUUUUUGUUUUUAUUUUUGUGGCAAAUUACAUAUUUUUAUGUUGGAGGUCUUGUACAUAAUUGUAUUAUUUACUGUGUGUUCUGGCUGUUCUUCCUUGAUGUUCAUGUACAUAAUUGUUUGGUCUUGCUCAUAGUAUACUAUACUAAACUGCAGUCAGUGCCAGCAGGAGAAACUUAACUGUUCCAAUUUUAAGUUCUGAACUGAAUAAAAUUUGACUGUCUAAUCACUUGCUCUAAUAUUGUUAACCUGACGUUGUCAAAAUGGAAAUUUCUGUUUUGAUUUUUUUAAACAGUAGUCCCCAUUUGUGUGUUGUUCUUAAUGGCAUUGAAUUGGAAUAUUAAAGGUCAAAGGUUGA